CCUCCCAGCGAUUGAGCCGUGAGAGCCGCCAGGCGCCGCUCCCGUCACGUUUCUCCGCUGCAUGUUCACCGCCGUCAGAUAAUGUUAUCCAUGAUCUCCACGGCUCUAACUCGUCCAUCCUCUCCUGUAUCUUCGGCUCUGGAUUGAUUCUCCCGUCGAACAGUUCGCCAUGGCAACGGUGGUGAUGGAACAGAUCGGUCGCCUGUUUAUCAACGUGCAGCAGCUGCGGCAGAUCCCUCAGCUGCUCGAGUCGGCCUUUCCAACCCUGCCUUGCACUGUAAAGCUGUCCGACGUUCCGUGGGUGUUCCGCGAGCGCCACAUCCACACGGGGUACAGACAGCCGGACCUGAGCUGGCGGUACUACUUUCUCACCCUCUUCCAAAGGCACAACGAGACCCUCAACGUGUGGACCCAUCUGCUGGCUGCCCUCAUCAUCUUGGUGAAGUGGCAGGAGAUCUCGGAGACGGUGGACUUCUUGCGAGAUCCUCACGCUCAGCCCCUCUUCAUCGUGCUCCUGGCAGCUUUCACCUACCUCUCAUUCAGUGCUCUCGCUCAUCUCCUCUCUGCCAAGUCGGAGCUCUCCUACUACACCUUCUACUUCCUCGACUACGUGGGGGUUGCCGUUUACCAGUACGGGAGCGCUCUGGCACACUACUACUACGCUAUAGAGAAAGAGUUGCACACUACUGUGCAAGGGAUCUUUUUGCCCGCUGCGGCAUUCCUGGCUUGGCUCACGUGCUUCGGCUGCUGCUAUGGCAAAUAUGCCAGUCCCGAGCUGCCCAAGCUGGUCCUCAAGCUCUUUCAAGUGGUGCCCUCAGCCUUGGCUUACUGCUUAGACAUCAGCCCCGUAGUCCAUCGCAUUUACAGGUGCUACCAGGAGGGCUGCUCCGACCCGAUGGUGACGUACCACUUCUACCACGUGCUCUUUUUCUUAAUCAGCGCCUAUUUCUUCUGCUGCCCUCACCCAGAGAGCUUGUUCCCUGGGAAGUGUGACUUCAUCGGGCAGGGCCACCAGAUCUUUCACGUGUUUGUGGUGGUUUGCACCCUGGUGCAGAUUGAAGCGCUGCGAACAGACUUCACAGUGCGCCGCCCCUUGUACGAGCGUCUUCACGGGGAUCUCGCGCACGACGCCGUGGCGCUCUUCAUCUUCACUGCCUGCUGCAGCGCCCUCACCGCGUUUUACGUGCGCCAGCGCGUGCGGGCCUCUCUCCACGAGAAGGAAGAGUGAGAGUUUAGACUAUUUAAAAAAAACAAAACAAACAAGUCAAACAAAGUCUCAUUUAUUUUACUCUAUAGUGACUGUUCUAAAAUAACUUAAAUGUUUUUGUCAAGGAAAGUUAUCAGCUCGUGAUAGUGACUUCUGAUUAUUUCUUCUCUGUGUUCUGCCAAACAACAGUGAACUAAAUAUUGACUGAGGCGGUGUUGUUGUGACUUAAAGGGGGGGGGAAAGGGGGCUCCUGCAGCUCAUCUGUAGCAAUGCGGACCCUGCAACAAACCCUUACAUCCUAACUUCUCUUUAUUUAUUUAUCUUUUCUAGACGGUCUGAAGGAAUGUUUUACUUUACGAAAGAAAAAAAGUCUUUGUGCACAGAUUAGCAAAAAAAUUGAGAGGCUAGUUUCUUCAGUUGCCUUCUUAAUUGUAUUUGGAAAAAAUCUGACUGUCUUAAUCAAAUUGUAGCAUUUGAAUUUAGUAUUUAUAGUCCCUCAGACUAACUUUUAGCUCCUGUUAAGUUUUACACUGGUGCUUUUCUCAAUGUCCUGAUAUUCUUUUGUGUUUCUUUGGGUUUUGGUUAGGUUUGGAUAUCAAAGCAGGGAUUAUUUUUCCAUUUCCCAAGGCGCUAACACUAGGCCACGCUAAUGUUUCAACACAGUCCACAAAGAUGGAAACCCAAUUUGAAAACCAAAUAUUUUACCUCCUUAUGAAAAGCAGACCCUUUUCCUUGGAUUCGAUGACACUCUGUUGAAAAGGAGGCUGGCACUCUACACUGGUUAAAAGAUGAGCGGAAGAUUACUGAUGUCUCCUUGUUGUUGUGACAAUGUUAAUCUUUCUCUAUUUUCUUUAAUUCAAAGGGCUGGAACUUCAGCUUUUGCCUUUUCACGUCCUGUGAUGUCAGUGCUUUGCGUGAAUCAUUUUCAUUGUUGGUCGAUUCGAGUCGUGGAAAAAGGAAAAAGCUGCGUCUGACCUGCUUUUAGUAUGGUUUUUUUUUUGUAUGAUGAAUAUGUAUGUGCCUCUACGCAUGUCUUUUGGUAUAUACCGUGGAUAAUAAGUGUGUGAAUGUCUAUGAAAGCUUAGCCUUGCACUUCUUUCUUACCCUGUAAAUAGCUGUAUUUCUCUUGAAAUUUUCUUUGCAUCCCAUUUUCUCCCCACCUGAUGGCAUUCGGAGGUGAAUGCACAAUAUUUUUCUGUGGAAUACAGCACAUUACUCUUUUGCUGCUUCCUUUCAGAGCGUGUUUUGUGUCCUCCUGCCCAUCAGACUGUAAUGGGUAUGAAUAUUGUAAUUUCAUACUGCCUCACUCUGAAGAGUCCUCUGGUUUAUCUCUUUGGUUAAUGGCAGUUCUUAUAAAAAUAUCUCACAAAUAUGGCUUCUGUGAUAACGCCGCUUGGAUUUUUAUCUCACAAAAUCUCAAAUGCCAGAAAUGAUCUAUAUUAAUGACUGCACUCCUUGUUCAUGACAGUGCUGUAAUGUGCCAAUGAAUCUGUUAUUGCUUCAGGGAUGGCUUUACUGAAAGAUGAAUGAACAGACAGAAUGCAAGACAUCGAUUUGAGUGGAGAUUUAACCAUAAUUCUCUUGAUUAUAAACCUAAUUAUAAAUUGGUCUCAUCAUGCACUGUCUAAAUCCACACUAUAUAUAUAUAUAUAUA